GCCUGCCAGUACAGUCUCAUUGAAAUGAGUCACUUUCCUGUUGCGCAAAGGAGAGGAGACGCCGCGCAACGCACCCCAAAACACAAACAUGGUCAAACAAGUGGUAACAACAGUAUGUUUUGUUCUUUUUCAUUGCAUUAUAAGUUACUGGGCAUUUAUGUCUUCUUGCAGCAUCCACUCAUCCACAAAAACCAUCAUACCAGCGAUCGCCAGGUAUUUUGGCACCAAAGGUCGCUAUGAAGAGGCUAACACGUACUUAAUCGACGAUAUUUUGGCCAUAAAUAACUCCCUUGUGACGCUGCCUUCAUCCAAUUGCAGAGAAAUUCAUUUGACAGCUAUAAUCCGGCACGGAACGAGGUUCCCGACCACUAAAAAUUUUCAGAAAAUGCGCGAAUUUUAUAAUUUCGUCGUGCGUGAUGUGACCAGCAACAGUUUGUCAGAGAUAAAGUCACAGUGGGCGAUGUGGUACGGGGAAGAUAUGGACGGGCGACUGGUGGACAAGGGCCGUGCGGAUCACAGGCAUCUGGCGCAGAGACUCAUCAAGUGGUUCCCUUCUUUGCUGACCCAGGACAAUGUGCGUCACGGACGCGUGAAACUGAUCACUAGUUCCAAGCACAGGUGUGUGAACAGUACCAUCGCUUUCAGGGAGGGACUAAUAAACGGACUCAGCAUGGAAGAUUCACUAGAUGAGUUUAAACCAGUUGUGAACGACGCUUUGAUGCGUUACUUUGACCAGUGCGAACGGUUCGUGAAAGAAGUGGAGAACAACAAGAGCGCCUUGGAGGAAGUGAAACAUUUUAAUGAAGGCCCUGAGAUGAAAAGAGUAACGGAAAAAAUGGCUGACAGGCUGGAAGUCCCAUAUGCGAGCAUUACCGAUGAUUCAGUGGAAGGAGCUUUCUUCCUGUGUGCGUAUGAGUUUACUAUCCGUGCGCUGAACUCACCCUGGUGCCAGUUGUUUGACGAGGUCGAUGCACAGGUGAUGGAGUAUUCUAGUGACCUGAAACAGUACUGGAAGCGAAGCUACGGACAUGAUAUCAACAGCAAGUCCAGCUGCAUCCUCUUCCAUGACCUUUUUCAUCGUCUUGACCAAGCUGUAGCCCAGAUCAACUUUAAUGGUACUGUUUCCGAGGCUGUAACAGUGCAGGUUGGCCAUGCUGAGACACUGUUACCCCUCCUCACCCUGCUGGAAAUGUUCAAGGAUGACACCCCUCUCAGCUCAACUAACUUUGCAAACCAGCAAAACAGAAUAUUUAGAAGUGGGAACAUUGUGCCGUAUACUGCCAACCUGCUGGUAGUGCUGUAUCAGUGCCCUGAAGGCAUUAGAAUGGGUGUGCGACUCAAUGAGAAAUCUUUGACCCUGCCUGGACUCACCGAACCAGUCCCAUUGUAUGAAGAUGUGAAGAAUCGCUACCGUGCUCUGCUGGAGGGCUGCGACCAAGAGACUGUGUGUAAAAUGAACAAUUCAUGAACAUAAAAGUACAACACAAGGCCUGCAAACUGAGAUUUGCAGAAACAAGUAAACAGAAUGAAAUAGGUUACACAAUAUUUUACUGCUGAUAGAACAGUAAAUGAAAGAAGAAGUAUAUAUUUUUUAUAUAUAUAUAUAUAAAUAUAUCCAAAUUUAAACCCGCAGUAUUACUUUCUAAUAUGAUGGACCAGUAAGAGAGCUAAAAUUCCAAAGCUGACAAAUCAGCUAUGACCAAACAUCCAUCCAAAUAUCUUGAUUAUGGGCACACCGGUUUGUAGUGCAAACAGUGUUACCGUUUACUGCACCUUGUUAUACAUUAUAUGCAUUAUAUUAUCUCCAAUGCAUAUAUUUAUGUAUGUAUGUAUAUGUAAAUACAUUCCAGUUACACUUUAUUUUAAGGUGUCCUUUUUACAGUAUAAUUACAUUUAAGUAUUGAGUAAUAUUAAUUAAAUACAUGAAUUUACUGUAUGGUUAGGUUUAGGAUUAUGGUUGGCUUAGGGUUACUUGCAUGUAAUUAUGCAUAAUUAAUUCUUAUUAUAUUAGUAAGUAUAUGUAACGUGUAACAAGGACACCUUAAAAUAAUGUGUUACCAACAUUUCUAAUUAAGCAGAUUGAAUUUCCAUGCAGUUUUACAAAAUGAAUGAAGGUUAAUAAAAUGUAGACUACAGUAUUAUAUGGUGAAAGUGAAUAUGUUAGAAAUGUCUAGACUAUAAUUACCUUGUGAAUGCAAUUGCUUGUUAAAGAUUACUUUUUUUUUUUUUUUUUUUAAUCUGUUAAUCAGGAAGGACUGGAAAUGUUAUUUGUUGUAUGAUUUGUCAGUACAAUAAACUGGACCUUGGG